GAAAGGUAGACAGAUUGUUUGGAAAAAAAUUGUUCUCGGGUAGUUGCUUGAGCGAAACUUCCGAAGCAGUCAUUUUCAGUUCACCUGACUUUGUCGAACAAGGAAGUGAUUAUUUCUAGAAACAUUCGUUUUAAACAUUUGAGUCCAUCGCCUCUGAAUUCUAAACAAAGUUCCUGGAACAAAGGUGACGUUAUUUUGAUAGGAUGCGGUACACUUCAUGUAUUCGGACUGCCUUCGUUAUACUGAUUGGGUUAUGGAUGGGCGAGGCUCAAGAAUGUGGUCGGCCGCAACUGGUGAACAGGAUAGUCGGAGGUUCCUCUGCGUCAGAAGGUGCUUGGCCUUGGCAGGUGGAUAUUCAGACUGACAAUAAAGGACAUGUGUGUGGAGGAACUAUCAUCUCCGAGAACUGGGUCCUGUCUGCUGCACAUUGCUUUCCCAACCCUAAUGACAUCUCCUCUUACAUGGUUUAUGCGGGCCGGCAGCAGCUGAAUGGCUGGAACCCGGACGAGACCACCCAUAGGGUCAGCCGUGUGGUGGUUCCUCUGGGUUACACAGACCCUCAGCUGGGUCAGGAUAUCGCUCUAGUGGAGCUGGCCACAGCUGUCAGGUGGUCCGACCGCAUUCAGCCUAUCUGCUUGCCAUAUGCCAAUGUGGAGUUCAGCAGCGACAUGAGGUGCAUGAUCACUGGAUGGGGUGACAUCAGAGAUGGAGUUGCUCUACAGGGUGUUGGGGCGUUGCAGGAAGUCCAAGUGCCAAUCAUUGACUCAGAGACUUGUCAGGAUAUGUUUCUGAUAAACCCCACAGAGAACAUUAACAUUCACCAAGACAUGAUGUGCGCUGGAUUCCAACAAGGAGGCAAAGACUCCUGCCAGGGUGACUCCGGCGGCCCUCUGGUGUGUCAGAUCAGUGACGGAAGUUGGGUGCAAGCUGGAAUUGUGAGCUUCGGGCUCGGCUGCGCUAAACCAAACCGACCAGGAGUCUAUGCCAAAUUAUCCAGCUUCACUAACUUCAUCCAGUACCAUGUUGGAGGAGUCCAGCUCAAGAGCGCAUCGAGUCACAUCUGGGCUGACCGGGUCAUGGCGCUCAUCAGGACUCUGGUGCUACUGGUAUUGGUGCAGCUGCUGAGAUAAACACACACUGAUCCUCGCACAAGCCAAAUACCUCCCGCUCCAAAACACCGUCCUACAUAAAAAGAGAUUUUAAUGCCAUAAGUAGCUUUUUAAUCAGUUUUUAAACAACUUUAUAUUAUGUAGUUUCCUAUUUGGUUUGUACCAAAGAUACACGCCAAAUUGUUUGAAUAAUAUAUUCUUUUAACUAUUUGAAACUGUGCUGAUUAACAUUGAGAUGAUUAAACCAUGUAAUUAAACUGUGCAAAUAAUGCCAUUUUUAAACUGAAAUACUCAAAUGGUUCUCAUGGGCAGCUUAACAAAUGUGAGAUUUGACAAUCAUGAUGCAUACUAAAAUAUUAAUGGACACUCAUUUGAUUCAGCCUUUUGCACAGCAAUUAUAAAUGUUAUUUAACUUUGUAUCAGGACAUGUAAAAGUUUUAAGAUCACCUGUGCAAUUAGAUGUUUAUAUUGUGAAAGAUUUCAUGCUUUUCUAGAGUCAGUUGUAUAUUUGUGUCUUUUGGUGACUGUUUCUCUUAAAAUGAUGUAAAUAAACUUUGUAAUAAAGUGAUUUUUGUAAUUGA